AUGGUCGCGUGCAGUGAUCCAGGCGUGGUGUUCCAGGAUCUCGAAGUAGCUGAUCAAGCUAGAGGGGACCUUGAGACAGGCAUUGUGUGUGCACAAUGCGAAGUUGUACGGCCUUUGAACGCGUCCCAUUGCUCCGAUUGUGGCAUUUGCAUCAGAGAGCUUGAUCAUCAUUGUCCUUGGACGGGCAAAUGUGUUGGUGAACGUACAAUUAAGUGGUUCUACGUUUUUCUCGUCUUCAUUUCGCUACACUGCGUGCUCAUUGGUGGCGUCUGUCUUGUUACACUUGUCAUUAAAUAG